AUGGAUAAUGCGCGCCCCCGAACUCGACGGCGCGAUUCGCGCGGCUCGUCUCCCGCGGAGAUCUCGCCCAACGAGACAUUCCCAAGCACUGAACAAGCCGAGGCCGAGCACCAGCGACGAAGCUGGUCCAGAAACAAGAGCACCCCCCCGAAACGACUGAAGCGGGAAGCGAGAGAAUUUCAAGAAUCGGAAAUCUCUGGCGACCAGGCCGCCAGCUCUGAAGAGGAUUGGCGCGACGCGCGGGAGCGCGGCAGCCCUUCGCCAAUUGAUCGUCAUGCCGGCAUGAGUAGCAACGCCCAAUCCGAUCGAGAAUCCCACGACGAUGUGAUGAAUAUUGGCGAUGAGGAGGAGGGGAAGGAAGAAGAAGGGUCUGCGGAACAUUCAACGAGGCCGGUCCCUUCGGUGGAAAUACCUGCCAAGCCCGAACGACUGAACUAUAAAGAGAGAUUUGUGCUGCGCGGGCAUCUGCGCGGCGUGUCGGCGGUGCAGUUCUCUCCGGACUGUUCGAUGAUUGCAAGUGGAGGUGCCGACGCCGCUGUGAAAGUCUGGGACACAUUGACGGGCCGAUUGAUCUACACCUUUGAGGGCCAUCUGGCCGGCAUUUCCACUAUUGCGUGGAGUCCGGAUGGACAAUGGAUUGCUUCAGGGUCCGACGAUAAGACAAUACGAUUUUGGAAUGUGAACACUGGUCGUGCACACUCCAAAAUCUUCCAAGGUCACCACAAUUACGUCUACCAAAUUGCCUUUGCCCCCAAAGGCAACAUCCUCGUCAGCGGUUCCUACGAUGAGGCCGUUUUUGUCUGGGACGUCCGCCGCGCACGCGUGAUGCGCUCACUCCCCGCCCACUCCGACCCCGUCGCCGGCAUCGACGUCGUCCACGACGGCACCCUCAUCGUCUCCUGUGCCUUGGACGGUCUCGUUCGCGUCUGGGACACACACAGUGGUCAAUGCCUCAAGACCCUCGUUCACGAGGACAACCCGCCCGCGACGUGCGUCAAGUUCUCGCCCAACGGGAAAUACAUUCUCGCGUGGACGCUGGACGGAUGUAUCCGCAUGUGGAAUUACGUCGAAAGCCGCGUCAUCAAGACCUUCCAGGGCCACGUCAAUCACAAGUAUAGCCUUUCAGGGUGUUUCGGGUACUACGGCUCGUCCGCCUCGUCGGAUACCGACGCAGCCAAACAGACUCCCCCGUUGGCUUUUGCCGUCAGCGGCAGUGAGGACGGUGCGAUUCUCUGCUGGGAUAUUAUUAGCAAGUCGAUCCUGCAGCGCAUCCAAGGUCACACGGAUGUGGUUCUGGGCGUGCACACGGGCAAAUUGAACGGUACACGCCUCAUUGUCAGCUGCGGACUGGAUAAGACGGUUCGAGUGUGGGAGGAAGAUGGUCAGGACUCGACCCUCAAUGGGACAAAUGUCGGUCCGACGGCCGUCACUGUUGGCGUCAGCAACGAGAUCGACGUUGCGGCUGAACAUGAAGAGGACGAUAACGAAAUGACCGAUGCGCCUCUCGAGACUGUUUCAACGGAGAAUACACCGACCCACACCGAAGAUGUGGUAAUGACAUGA